ACCGUGGAAACGCGGGCGUGCGACGGGCGCUGCAGAAAGAGCCACCCCACCUUAACUUAGAGAUCCCCGCACCUUCGGUGCCAACCCCUGGUCUGGUUGACCAGCGUAGACUUCCACACUUUUCUCCUCAGCUUUCCCCACAUCUCCUUGGACCAUGAUUCCUAAAUGUGCCCGUUUGAGCUCAGAGCAUGCAUCCGGUCCAGAUGGGGUUAUGGGAUCCCCGGCCCCCGUCUAAAAAUGCCACGGCACCCCGGGCACCACCUCCUGUGUAUUUCCGUCACCCACAUGUGACCACAGCAGUGCCAGCCAAGAGGAUCACCUUUUUCAGAAGCGGCGACAACCAGUUCGGGGGCGUCAGGAUGGCCAUCCACAAGCGCAGCUUCAAAUGCUUCGACGCCCUGCUGGAUGACCUUACUCAAAAGGUACCCCUUCCGUUUGGUGUGCGGACUAUAACAACACCCAGAGGCACGCACGCCAUCAAGCACCUGGAACAGCUCCAAGAUGGCGGUUGCUACGUCUGCUCUGACCAGCGGCAAGUUAAGCCUAUUAACAUGGACCUGGCCAACAGACCCCGGGGCAUCUGGGUCCAUCACGGCCGCAGGCCUCACCGUCCAGAAACUUCAUCUGUAACGCCGCCGGGCCAUUCGCACUUGCCACUCAGGCCACGGCGGGUCCUCCUCGUGAAGAACAGCGAGCCUGGGAUGAGGAGGAGCAUUGUCCUGAACAAGAGGUCAACCAGAAGCCUGAGGGCGUUUCUAGAGGAGGUGUCUGAAGUGAUGGAGUUUCAUGUUCGAAAGCUCUACACGGCAGAAGGACGAAGGAUUGAUAGUGUACAGAGCCUGGUGACUUGUCCCGGUGUGUUGGUGUGCGUUGGCCGGGAAGCCUUCAGUCCAAUGCUCAUCAACUUCAUUAGGAAGACAUCCGAGGAGAAACUGCCGGGUCUUUACAGAAAGUCUCCUGGUCUUGGGCCCCGGACUCCUGGUAACGGGGCCCGAUCUCCUGGUACCCAUGGAGUAAGGUCCCCUCCUCAUGGAGCUCAGUCCAGAGCCAGCGAGUACGACGAACAACACGAAAGCAAGAAAAAUGUUAACUUUGGUUUAGAGACCAGGAAAAGCAUCAUCCACCCUCGCUCUGAUUCCUCGAACCGCUCCACUCGUUUCUCUGUUUCCUCUGAAAAAUCAUACGGGCUCUCUUCCCAAGCAAGGCCAGCUAUUAUGAAUGACGAUAUUGAAAAGCGGGUCCUAGUCAACAAAGAUGGCAGUGUCUCCGUGGAGAUGAGGGUCCGUUUUCGCCUCCAAAAUGAUGAGACUGUCCAGUGGUCCACGCAAAUUAAAAGAUCCCCCUCUCUGACCAAUGAAUCUUCCCCCCUGAGCCAAGCCCAGCCCCACUACCUGCAGCAGGGUCAGUCAGAAAGCUAUUCAGACCCCGAUUCUACACCCUAUAGGGGUGUGGACAAUUCCAGCCAACCUGUCAAUUUUGCAUUGGAGGAGAACCAUUGCCCCUGCUGCUACCACAAAGAAGAGCGUCCAUUUGAUUUGUGGGAAAAUCCGAUACACACCUACAAACGUCCUCCCGUUCCACCCCCGCAUCCAUCCAGCCACCCUGUGAGACACACACACUCCUCCAGCUCGUCCUCGUCAUGUAACUCCAGGAGGGUGCUUCGCUGCAGAGCGCAGCUCUCCAGGUCCCCAGGUGAAUCGGCUUCAGAUCACAGCCAACUGGUCCAGGAGGAGAUGUGUGUGACGGAGCAGGUCGAGCGCAGAGUAGAGGUUGCGCAACAUGGAGACACUCAGGUUGAAGUCUGCAAGGUCAGCCGAUGCUGUAGUAGGACUGAAGUGGUUGCCAUGGAUACCAGUCUUCGACCACACAGCACAAAGUCUGCAGAGGGCGAGCUAACAAUAGGGGAAGACGACAAUCGGCCAGUGUCUGCAGUCAGUAUCUCCUCACAUGUUCUUCAGUCACUGAAAGAGGACCAAGAUGAUGAAGAAGAGGAUGAGCUGCCACCCAGCGCUUCUCAGUGCUGCCAUAGAAACGAGCCAUCCCCAUCCCCUAGCCAUGCGACUCUACAGGAUGACAAGCCAGCAAGCAAUGUCUCAGUACAUUCUGGUUACUCUGCCGAAUCCAAGAGCCUCGUGCAGAGGGGAGGCAGCAGGACAUUAUCUGCAGUGUCUUCAUGUCACUGUGGAAAGGCUACCCCACACUCAACAGCUGACGCAGAUGCAGCCAGCACCAUAUCUAAUGUAAGCCAAUCCAGAAUCCCAAAAUCUGAGGAAGACCUGUCAGCUGACGUUGGGGAUGAGGACGUACAUAGGGUUACCAGUGGAUUAUCUGGUUGCAGCUCUCAAAGGUCUGUGGGGACCGGUGUGUGCUCACACUGCGGGGCCUGCAAACGUACUUCCAACAGCAGAGCAUCAAGGAUGUCUGACCAAGCUUCCUCACAGCCCACCUCCCCUCCCCCCGUCAGCGAGAAAGCCGAAGACGGCCAUGACGAUGCAGCCUCAGACGUCUCGGUGGAGUCAACGCAAUCAAACAAGACCAAUCGCACCGAUCAUGAGUGCCAGUCCGCCUUGGAGGAAAGAGCUCAGAGCGUUAUGUCCAGAACCUCUAAUCUAGACUUAAAUAGAAAAGAAAAUGAAAGGGCUCCCAGUGCCGCCUCAGCCACGAGCCAGAGGUCCAACAAGUCACACAAGUCUGGCAGUUAUAGUAUCGCUGCUGUUACAGCAGACAAAGAGAAUGAGAGAAGCCUUAGCGCAUUGUCUUCUCAAUCCAAUCUGUCUGCCAAGUCCGGCAUGUCUCACAAGUCCAAAUGCAACACUGAAGCGUUUGUCCACACUUCGAAGGAGGAAGCAGAGGAAGAAAACACUGUGGAGAGAACAGAUGACUCUUUUUCAGACCAAUCUGCUGCUUUAGUUAAGACUCAGCUGGAAAAAGAAGAAACAGACAGGCGAACUCACAGUAGCCUCUCUGUUAAGUCAGAUGCUUCUGCCAAGUCUGGAAAAGCUGGCAGUGUCCUAUCACAUAAAUCAGCUCAGUCCAGUCUCUCAAAAAAGUCUGGCACAUCUUGCAGGUCUACUUGCAGCCACUGUUCAAGAGUAGUAGCCCCAGGUGAUAAGGCAGAAGACGAACCCAUGGGAAAUAUAACUGGAGAGGAAGGUGGAGCAGAGGAGGACGCAGGAGACAGGGCAGCAAGUGUGAUGUCAGCAAAGUCAAAUCUGUCUGCCAACUCCAACAAAUCCCGCAAAUCCAAUAAAGCUUCAGAAAUAUGUUGUCAUCCUAGGUCUGAAGCUGAGGGAGAAACAGAAGAAAGGGCAACAAGUCAGAUGUCUGGGAAAUUGUCUGUUAAGUCUAAAAAGUCAUCCAAGUGUAAUGACAAUGAAAAGGCAUCUUCUCCAAACUUAACGGUGGAUGCUGGAGAAACCGAGAGCAAAAUUACAGAAGUGGAAACACAAGAGAGGUCAGGAAGUAUGAUGUCAAAUAAAUCAGCUUCUUCUGCAAAAUCGAACCGUGCAAAACCACAAGAGGACAGAUCUCCAAGUGCUGCUUCUGGCCAAUCGCAAAUGUCCGCCAAGUCCAAGAAGUCAAACCACAGCAAAGGAUUUCCAGAUCCAGAUGAUGCUGUUGAUAAUGUCACUGAGACAAAUGCAGAGGAAAAGGAAGAUGAAACUCCAGACAGAUCGGAAAGUGCCCUGUCUGUUAAGCUAGAAUCUUCGGUUGGCUCUCACAAGUCAAAUUCCGCCAGGAAUCAUUCAAGUCCAAAUCUCGUCACCAUUAAAACACCUUAUGACGAGGAAAAUGGGAUACAAGAGAGAGCGCAGAGUGCUUUGUCUGGAAAAUUAAGCAUUGCAUCUGCUGCGUCACUCAAGCCCGGUCGUAAUGGAACAGCCGUUAUUUCUGUUAUUGAAACAACGGAAGCGGGUGAAAAUGUGGACAAUAGUGCACCAAAAAAUCAGUCUUCUGAGCAUUCUCACGGCCAAACACUCUCACCGAGAAGGACAGCUUCAUCGCGGGCCCGUUCGCCCAAAGCUUCAGCUGCAUCCCCCAGACCCUCUCGGUCCCCUGCACAACAGCUGUUGGACACCAACGGCCUCGAAGAGACGAGAGGGCCCAGUGCCUUGUCAGCUCACUCCAGGGUCUCUGCUCAUUCAAGCAGGUCCAGCUGUCGGAGGUGUGGAGGGGCAAAGUCACCACUUGAAAAUGCAAAGAAGAAAAAGGAAGGGGAGGAUGCGGAGGGUGAGAAAAGUGAUGAGACUUCUGAGCGACCAGUCAGCAUCCUGUCAUCAUCGUCAAAGAGACAGAGGAAAGAAUCGGGAGGCACGGAGCAACCUUUGAGUCGCGCUUCAUCCGGAUCGGUCUCUCUUGGUCUCCCAGAGGACCAGGAGGCAGCUGACUCAGACAGUGGCAAGUCUACUGUUUCUUUUAGCAACAACACUGAGAAAAAGGCUAAGAGCAGUGUGAAGACUGCAACUCCAGAUGUCUCUAAAAGUCCAGAACAAGGAGAGAGAACAGGGUCCAUCCGGUCUGAGAAGUCCAAUAGUCAUAGCAGGAAAAGCGAUUCAUGUCACAAUCAUCCAGGAGUUGACAUUCCUAUUAUUGAAAUGCCCAAAGGAAGUGAAGAUGGAGGUGAAGAAGGUAGAGAACAAAACACAGAGAGAGCACUGAGUGCAAUUACAGUCAAAAGCGGCAAGUCUCAAAGAGCCUGUUCUAACUGUAGCGUCAAAUCAGCAGCUCGGAUGGUUGAUAAGAAGACAAAGGACAGAAGUGGUUGUUCAAGCCCCAUCACAGUCACAAAUGGAGUUGACGCAGAGAGUGUGAAGUCAACAGUAUCAACAAAGGCUUGCGGAUUGGACGCAUCGACUGGCAGGACUUCGUCUGCAAAGUCAGAAAGCCUUAGAGGUCAGAGUAAAUCCCCUGCCAGUGCCAGGGUUAAAAAUGCCAAAGUAGCUGGCAGUGUUUCAAAUGGUGAAACUGAAAACCAGGAUACAAGCCGAGCCGGUAGCAAGGCCCAAGAGAAGGAAGAUACUGAUCAAAAUAAGGCACCCAGUGUCUCAUCCAAACGUUCCUGUUGUCUCAGCCCUGAGGUAGCACCUUCAACGCACUCAGAGUCCAAAAAAUCUUCAAAGAAGAGUCAAGGAAUUGCUACUUCAGCUCACAAGGCCAAGUCUAAUGCAGGAAGUGACUGUGGUAGCGCCACACAGUCAAGUUGUCAUUUACACAGCCCCCGACCGAGCAGCAAAAUUGACGCAAGUAGUGAAAGCACCCUGUCCCACUCUCUGUCUGCUGCCGACCUGCUGAAAGAAACCAUGGCUGCUGCACGGCAGCACAGCCAGCAGUCCAGAUCCAGCAAAACCAGUGAGAGGCCUAAGAGUGAGAAAAGAAUCAGGAACUUGAAGGAUCAUGGUGUGCAGGAGCUGACGCCUGCAUGUCUCCCCAAUGCAUCCCCCAACGAGGUUGUUAGCGACUGGCUGCGGAGCAUCCCGGCAGACAGCAGCAUGCUCGCGGCCUGCAGCGAUGAAGAGGCAGAGCAGACGCCGGAGGAGAUGGAGGAGACAACUGAAGAGGGGGUACCAAAGGAGGAGGAGAGUGCUGAAGAUCAGAAAGUGGACAUGGACAAGAAAGUUGGGCCACAAGAGGAAGAAAAUCAAGAGGGUGAAGCUAAAUGUGCUCCAGCGGAGGAGGAGAAGAGCUCUGGUCCAACCUUAAGGAGUCCCUUGAGGACUUCUUCUUCUUCUCUCUCAAAGAACUGGCAAUUCUCUGCUGCAGUAAUGAAGGUUCUCCUGAGCUCUUCUCUGGGUCGAUGUCGAAGCAUGCCCGAGGUGUCUCCGGUUUAUGGCCGUAGACUUAGUACAUCAGCUCAGGGGCUUUUGGACUGUUUGGCCCAGCUUCAGCUCAUUGAGCCCACCAUGAGCUGUAACAGUCACCAACUAAAGGACCACAAGCAAAAGUAUGACGAGAUCAUGGGCGUCCUUCAGUCGCUCUGGCUCACCGAACCAAGGGACAUAGCGACAAAGGAUGCCAAAGAAGAGCAGGUGACACCACCAAGAUCCUCAUCUGGAGUCGGUAUGAGCAGUGGUUCAGGCGGAUCUGGGAAAGACAAUGGAAACCAAGUAAGAGAAGAAACGCCACCAAAGGAGAAUGAACCUCUGCAUGAGGAAGAGGAAGUUGCAAAAGUUUCAGAAGAGGACGAGGGGAAUGCAAAGGCAAUAGGUGAGGAAACUGAAGCUCCCAAGGAUGUUUCUAAGGCAGAAACAGCAGAGGAAGUGGUUAAGAGGGAAGAAGAAGGCCCAGUUUCUCAGAGUCCUGACAGCCCAAAAGCCACUGAGAACCCUUCAUCAUCAGACAAGAGCUCUACCAACAACAGCUCCAAGUCUGCCACCGAUAAUGAGAGAGAGAUGCAGGACGACUCUCAGUCAGGCACACCCCCGGCUGCCCCACGAGCCUCCUUGUCCAAAAGACUAUCCCAAGACCCCGACCCGGUGUGGGUUCUUCACCUUCUGAAGAAGCUGGAGAAACAGUUCAUGAGUCACUACAUUAAGGCCAUGGCAGAGUUCAAAGUCCGCUGGGACCUGGACGACAACGUCAUCCUGGAUACCAUGAUCUCCGAGCUGAGGGAUGAGGUGAGCCGGCGCAUCCAGAGCAGCGUUGAACGCGAAAUGAGGAAGAUUAACAGCCGAGCUGGGAAAGUGAGCAGGUCACCGCGGCCGCCGCAGUUAGCAAACAUCUCCAGGGAGUCCACCAUGACAGAGAAAAGGCGCCGAAUCCUGAUGGUAAAGGUUAUGAAGAACCAAUCGGUAAAAACUGCUGACUCUGUAAGCGACGAGGAGAUGACGGGCGAGUUCAGUGACCAGCGGAGUGAGGAUGAGUACUGCCCAUGCGAUGCUUGUGUGCGCAAAAAAAUGGCUGCACGGCCUUUCAAAAAGAACCCACUGGCAGCCGAAGCGCCUAUGAUGAUGGAGUUUGAUCUCCUCAAGAUACUUCAGCUGAAGAAAAGCCCAUCUCCUGCACCUGUGAAGGUGAUAGAACCAGAAGAGUUGGAAGAUGAAAGUAUGGUUGAAGAGGAGGAGGGGAGGAAUCUAGAAGUCGUCAAGGAGGAAGAGGAGGAGGAUGAGACCAAAGAGGACAUCCGAGCUGAUGUCGUUUUAGAAGAGACAAUCCCUGAAGAAGACGAGGAGUUAGAAGAGGAAAACGAUGAAGCCAAAGGAGAGGUAAACGAAGAUGAAGAGCAGCAAGAAGGAGUAACAAGUGUUGACGAAGCUGAGCAAGAUGAGACAUCUGAAAAUGGAGAUGAGGAGGAGGGAUCAGGUGAAUGCACAUGUCAUUCAGGCAGAGAUGAAGAGGAUAGCAACAAUGAGGGAGAGGACGCUGAAGACACCAGCAACUACAGUGAUGAUGCAGGAGAGACGGGAGAAGGUGAAACUGGGGGAAAUGAGGCAGAGACAGGAACUGGGGGAGAGGGUGAGGGGAGCGACACGGACAUCGCGAAAGAAGCGACGGCUGGUGAAGACGAAUCUGGAGAUGACAGUUCUGCAAAAAAUACAGCAAAUGAAGAAUCAACGCCGGUGGAGGAGGCGGUGGAAGGAAACAGCGCUUCUGCAGAAGCAGAGGACGAAGAUGAGGGAGAUGAUGACACCGGUGCAGGGGAGUCACAUGGAGAGGAAAACGGGGAAGAGAGCGAGGAGCAAGAAGGAAAGGCAUCUGAGGAGGACAGAGCCUCCUCUAAGAGUCGACAUGCAAGUCCAGCUGCCUGCGUGACCGAGGGAGAGGAGGCAGACGCCGAAGACUCAGAAGACAGCAAGCAUCGGAGCGACACCGGUGCUGAAGAAUCUGGACGCGAGGAGGUUGACGGCACCGGAGGCGAGGAGGAGAAAGAGAGCGGAGAAGACGGAGACGAGGAGGCGACCGACGAAGAUGCCGUAGAGGCGUUCAAGCCUGAGGAAAAGAGCGAGGAGAAGCCCAGCGGAAGCAAGAAGGAGAACGGCACCGUCCUGCAUCAGUUCACCAAGGCCUCGGUGGAGUCUCAGCCCGGCUCCAUGGAGGACGUCGACAGGGAUUCACCUUCAAACCUUGUACACUCCAUAAAAGUGCCCAAGAAGGCUGACGGAGUAUCCACAGGGGGUGUUGUUGGCAGCAAGAGGAGCCGGUCACCAGGCAGAGUCAAAGCAGCACAAGGCCAAGGAGAGUGAUAACGAGCCGGAUGACUUCUGACCUGCGAUACUCUAGAACCUGUGAGGAGGAUCACAGGUUUAGUGAGCAUGAAGGACUCAUUGGAACACUUGAAGCACUUUAUCUCUCCUGGUCCGGUGCACAAAGGGCGUCAGAGUGAUGGAUAUUUCAGCUGAAAGGCUCUGAAACUGUAGAAACCUGAAACUUGAAACCACCUAUUUAUUUUCUGUAACCAUAUGAAUUAUACUUGUACUUGUUAUUUAUAUAUUUUCCAAGUUAAUCACACUUAUGAAGGCACAUGCUAAUAUAUUUUUGAAAUGAAAAAAAAAAAAAAAAAAAUCACCUUUUGGUGAAUUAUGUUAAGUUUUCUCUUGAUAUUUUACAGAGUCAAAUAGCCAAUAAUAUACCAAGUACCUCGAACACUUGUUUUCUGUUAAUUGACUGUUUUUAGCUUGUUUGACAGAAGCAGUUUCUAAACACUUGGCUAAUCUGUGUUUAACUUUUGGACUUGAAGUAAGUGCUGUAUUCUCAGGAGUUUGGAUGGGUCAUCUCUUAGCUAUUACUUAACUACCUGCGUAAACCUGUAGCCUGCUGAGAAGUCGUCUGUUUAAAUCUACAUAAUCUCUGUGAUGUAAUCUGAUUACUUAAAAAAAAAAGGACAUUCUGGGAACAUGCUCCUUUUGUUGCAUUACAGGUACACAGUUGGAACAUUGAAGUUAUAUUGUAUAAGUACUUCUGGAGUACUGAGGAAAUGUCCUUUUAAGGUUGAUGGAAACCUUUGAUCUGCUGCUCAAGCUUUAUAGCUUUCCUUAGGUGUGUAUUUCAUGCUGUAGAUUCAGGUUGAGGUUCCCGAUACCUUACUGGACCCAUGAUUUUAGUGGUGCAUCAAUGGAGACACGGCGGAGCUUUAUUUAUCUGACAUCUUACUCCUCUUGGUGGCUGCUCUUUGGAAAACUUACCAAGUUGCUUUCGUCCAACCAAGCUGAGGAAGCUGGGCUCCAGGCCAAGUCCUUCUCCUCUGUAGUUUUAAAGAUGAAACACUACAAGUGGUUAGCAUGUGUUCUGGAUUUAUAUUUGCGGUUCAAGGAAGGUGGGGGUGUGUGCCUAUGCUGCUAUGAGUUUCUUUGGGUGUGUCAUCGCCAAGUGAACGUCAUGUACUUAGAUCAAACUGUUAUAUGACUGUAACGACACUGAAAAAAAUAAAAUAAAUGAACAGAUCAUUGCUUUGAUAUUGGUCGUGCUUGAGGGUUGACGUAUUUGGAGAGUUAUUCAGUUUUGGGUCGUCAGCUUUGCGUGUCCAAAACCCCAAAUUCAUAUUUUUUUUACACUGUCUUCAUUUAAAGGGUACAUAUUGUGGAAAAAGUGAAACAGAGUGUAUAUCUGAUUACCAGAACUGUCGACCAAAUGAAAAAGUAAAAUAUAAGAUAAGCUUGUUACUUGUUAAUAAAUUUGAAACCAGGUUUUUUACUGAGCUGUUCAAAUUUAGAGUACUGUGAUAUGCAGGGCCGGCCCAAGCCUCCAUGGGGCCCUAAGC